AUGAACUCUAUCAGACCAUGGCAAAAUUGCAGACACUCUCAGAACAUCACGUUUCAUGUGGCGUUAGAUUCCACCGAUGAUGAUUUCCAGGCAGCACUUCCAGAUUUUGUCAAUGUGGUGAGAGUACCAGCCUCAUUCCAACCGGCCUAUGCGAAAUAUAAAGGACGGGCCUUGGAAUGGUGUCGCCUGCAUUGGAAACUAUCCGAGCUUGAUUGGGUACUGCAUCUAGACGAAGAGACUGAGAUCGAUGGGUACCUGGUACAAGCCUGUCUUGACUUCAUCGAGCGAGGAACAGAAGACAUCGGAAUGGGAACAAUCUACUACACUUCGCAUAAUUAUUGGAAAAAUCCUUUCUUGACCACUGCUGAGAUCUUCAGAGUGGCUGAGGACUUUGGCCGUUUCCAACUUCCAAUCCGACUUUUCAAACGCCCUUUACUUGGCUGGAUGCAUGGCUCCUUUAUAUUGAUCAAUGGUGCCGUAGAGAACAAGGUCACCUGGGAUACUGGAUGUCUUGCUGAAGACUUUUGGUUUGCAUUCCAUGCGGCACGCCGAGGAGUCAAGUUCGGCUGGAUUCACGCAGUUGCACGAGAACAACCUCCCGUUAGUGUUUCGGAUUUGAUUAAGCAACGUAGAAGGUGGUACACGGGGAUCAUGUCUAUGGAUAGCUGGUUGGUCAAAUUGGUCCUCGCAAUCUCCAUGAUGGGACCGUUAGCUUAUGGAAGCGUGUGA